CCAGCCUGCUGCUGCUACAUCAUGCUCUUCACCAGUCUUUUGCUUCUGAUCUGGCUGCCCACUGGCCUGGCUCGCCACGACCCCCCACUCUGGGGAGGGGCCCACACUCGCGGGACCCCACGCUGCUACUCAGCUGAGGAGCUGCCCCUCGGCCAGGCUCCCCCACAUCUGCUGGCUCGGAGUGCCAAGUGGGAGCAUGCCUUGCCUGUGGCCCUGGUAUCCAGCCUGGAGGCAGGAGGCCACAGGAGGCAACAUGAGGGACACCUAGCUGAGACUCAGUGUCCCGUGCUACGGCCAGAGGAGGUGUUGGAGGCAGACACCCACCAGCGCUCCAUCUCGCCCUGGAGAUACCGUGUGGACACAGAUGAGGACCGUUACCCGCGGCAGCUGGCCAUAGCGGAGUGCCUGUGCAAGGGCUGUAUUGAUGCCAGGACCGGCCGGGAGACGGCUGCGCUCAAUUCAGUGAGGCUGAGCCAGAGCCUGCUGGUGCUGCGCCGCCGGCCCUGCUCCAGCGACGGCUCAGGGAAGCCCACACCCGGGGCCUUCUCUUUCUACACGGAGUUCAUCAGAGUGCCUGUCGGCUGCACCUGCGUGCUUCCCCGCUCAGCGCGGUGACCGCCAUAGGUGUGGGACCCUCCAAACUGGCCCCUGCGGCUCUGGAGGGCUGCUUAUUUAUGUGUAUUUAUUGGUAUUUAUGCGCCCCCACCCUGCCUCUUCUCGGGAUGGACCAGCUCAGGCCUGGCAU